GCCAGCAAUUGCUGCAGAUCUGGACCGACGUCGCCUCUCCACGCCGUCUACGAAGAACCACCUCACGAUACGCCCCCGAGUGCUCGAAAGGAGAGCCGCCUGCCCACGUCGAACCCGACCCCCGUCUCCCUCCUCGCCCAGCGUCCGCGCCGGCCACCUUCGAGCGCUGCCCGCCUGCGACCCUCGAGGCUGUGGUCCCUGCAAACUUGCAGUGCUGCCCCUCCUCGGCCACCCGCCUCUUUCCCACCCCCGCCGCUGCGCCGCCCGCACGUCUCGUCAAGACCUCGCUCACACCGCGCCGCAUCGUGUGACGGCACCGCUUAUAUAUUCGCCUUCAGGUUCUGCUGCAGUCGCACAGCCUAGCCCCGACACGACCUGUGCUCUCCUCCUGUGCACAAACACCACCAGCACCCGUCCUGUUCUUGUCCUCGCCGUGGGCCAACCGCAAACCUGGACUCCACAAUGUCGUCCUCCUCGGGGACUCCCGAAUCCUGGAUCUCGUCUUUUUGCUCGCUGCUCGGGCACGAGUACUUUGCCGAGGUCUCAGAGGACUUUAUCGAAGAUGACUUCAACUUGACAGGUCUCCAGACCCAGGUCGCAAUGUACAAAGAGGCGCUCGAGAUGAUACUCGAUGUCGAGCCCGAGGAUGACGAUGAAGAAGAGGAAGAGGAGGAAGAGGACGAGGACGAGUCAAUCGAGGGCGGAAACGGCCCAAUGCGCCACGGCGAACGGAGAAACCACAGCCGCAUAGCUAGUGAUCUCUCGGUGAUAGAAUCCUCUGCCGAAAUGCUCUACGGUCUCAUCCACCAGCGCUUCAUCUGCUCUCGUGCAGGCAUACAGCAAAUGUCGGAAAAGUACGAGCUCGGCCACUUCGGUGUGUGCCCGCGAAGCCACUGCGAGCAGGCGAGGACGCUGCCAGUGGGGUUGUCCGACAUUCCUGGCGAAGAGACUGUCAAGCUCUUCUGCCCAUCCUGCCUAGAUGUUUACGUGCCGCCCAACAGCAGGUUCCAGACCGUGGACGGUGCCUUCUUCGGCCGCACUUUCGGCUCGCUCUUCCUCCUCACAUUCCCCGAAUACGAUCUGACGAAACGCGGAGCGGACGUGCUUGCUGGCGCUAGGAUAACGGAGGACGACAGAGAGUCCAUGCUUAACGGCAUGUACACCUGCAACAUCGCUCCUGGCUUGGGUCCCAACAAGAUCUAUGAGCCCCGGAUCUACGGUUUCCGUGUUUCUGAAGUUGCGCGGUCCGGGCCGCGCAUGCAGUGGCUCAGGCAAAAACCGACAGACAUCACAGAGCUCGAUGAGGCGCGGCGGUUCGCCGAGGAGCAACCAGACAGCGAGGAUUAUGAUGAGAGCAUGAACCUGAAUGGCAGGCCGGUACGGAAAUUGAGGGCACGGAGGAGAAACGGCCAGGGUGGUAGCCCUAUGGAGACGAAUGGUGCCAACUCCGAACUCUAGAUGAUGUCAAAAUUGUUAGCAGACUGGGGCAUUUCCACUCAUCCGAUAUUGCAGGAGAAUCACAGGCGCCGUCAGAUGCAUAAACUAGUCUGGCAGCU